UGCAUAAAACCUUGACGAAUGCAAGUAGGAAGCACAGCGGAGAGAGAAAGUGUGAGCGUGAGAGAGAAGGAACUAGAUGCUGUGUUUAACCAUGAAGAUGCCAAAAAAGUUUUUCUGUCUCUUUCGUUUCUUUGUGCUCUUAACUGGCUUCUCUAUUAUUUGCAUGGGAGCCUUUUGCAUUUCCACAGGCUCCCUUUUGUGCAGAUGUGGGAAUAAUCUGCUCGUUGCUUAUUCUCUGCUACCUUUGGGGUUCUUACUCCUUGCGACUGGGAUUUUCUGGAGCAUGUGCCAUGAAGUCAGAAAAAAAACCAACCUGUUCUACAUUUUCCAGAGAAAUCCCAGCCAUAGAGAAAUGCACAUCAACACCAUAGACAGGCCUGAUUUCUACCCUCCGUGCUAUGAAGAUAGCAUUGAUCCGGGAAAGCAGACUUUCCCAAUACCACUCUCCCUUUCAGCAAGAGAGGAAGAGCUCUACAACAUCCCUCCGCCGCUGUACACUGAAAGCAGCAUGGAAUUCAUAGAUGAAACUAGCCUUCAGGAGGAACAACCACCAUCGUACGAAAUGUCUGUGCAGCAGCAGCCAACAGCUGAGCAUGACUCGAGUACAGAAGGAGUCUCAGGCGCUUGUCAUGCACCCAGGCCAGGAGUCAGUUGCUAAUAAUACGAACUGUGAAGGGACUUUAGAAGGACCAAAGCAUGCCAGUUAUUCUGAGACAAAGUCAGUGGAUAAGACACUGAAUGUGCAAAGUGGUGCUGGAAAAGACAUGGGCCAGUGCUAUAUAAUACUACUGUAUUAUACUACAGGGUGCAACAGUUGCCUGGGGACAGCAUUGACCACAAUCCAUUCAUGUGGCAUUAGAGAGGUUAUUUAAGGAGGUUCCCAGUAUUUUAAAACAAGAACAGCAUUCUCUGGCCUUUAAAGAGUUUGCUAAUGAUAUUAAGUAUAGCUCAUAAUUGUUGGCUCAAGCCAACAUCAGAGCAGCUUGUUUUCACGUUUCAAUAUUUCACUAUGCUCACACAAAAAAGCCAGUACCAAAUACAUUCAUUGUACUCUGUUCAAUGUCUCUAGAUGAUCUGUUUAUGAAAGAUUUUUUCAUACCAAAUAUCCAACUGGCUAAUUUCCUUUUCAUAGCCAGUAUUUCAUUUUGUGCUCACAUCAGCCCAUCAAGAUGUUGAGUGAAAACGCUCUUGAGAUAUAAAUGACUGUACUGUACCUUGAUACGCUGGCUACCAGUGUAUAGAAGCCAUUAUUUUUUACACUGGAAGGAAAAUGUUAGUGCUGCUACUUAAUGUUCCUCUAUUUAUUAAUUUAAAUCUUUCUCGCAUCUCAUCUUUUGGUGCAAGUUCCCAUCUGUUUUUCCAUUCAUAUUUGCUGAUCUGGAAGAUUAUUAAUUCAUAAGCUAAUAGUUGGGUAUUUUUCUACCAUGAGUAUUUGGAGAUAACUGCUUUACUUUGUGUUAAUAGCUGAUACUUUAAUAUUGCAUUGAAUUCAUCUGUUUAUUUCAAUAAAUUUUUUCAAACCAA